ACAGAAGAAGAAGAAGAAGAAGAAGAAGAAGAAGAAGAAGAAGAAGAAGAAGAAAAAAAAAAACAGAAACAGAAACAGAAACAUAAGUUUUGUCACUUCUGUUUCGUACCGGGGCAUUCGGCUUGGAUUCUCUUCGAAGGAGGGUGCAUAUUUUAGCUUCUCAGCUUUCAUGGCACCACAAAGAAAGAGGGCAUUACCCAAACCACUCCCAGAUGGCUUCUUACUGACCGACACUGAGAAGAAGAAAUGGAGGCUGGGGAAAAUCAUUGGUCAAGGUGGCUUUGGACUGAUCUAUCUUGCCUCCCAGGAUGUUGACAGACCUGUUGCAGCAGACACUGACUUUGUCAUAAAAGUGGAAUACCAGGAGAAUGGCCCCCUGUUCUCAGAGCUCAAGUUCUACCAGAGGGCAGCCAAACCAGAGAGCAUGCAGAAAUGGAAGAGAAGCAGGAAACUGGACUUCCUGGGCAUCCCCAAGUACUGGGGAUCAGGGCUCGCUGAAUAUAAUGACCUCAGGUAUCGUUUCAUGGCCAUGGAUCGACUGGGCAGUGACCUUGAGAAAGUCUGCGAGCACAAUAGAGGUCGACUGAGGAAGUCCACUGUGCUCCAACUUGGUCAAGGACUGGUGGCUGUACUGGAGUAUAUUCAUGAGAACGAGUACGUCCAUGCAGACAUUAAAGCUACCAACCUCAUGCUGGGUUACAGAGACCCUGAACAGGUCUACCUAGCAGACUAUGGGCUGUCCUACAGAUACUGUCCUGAUGGAGUCCACAAAGAAUACAAGGAAAACCCCAAGAAGGGCCACAAUGGAACCAUCGAGUACACCAGCCUUGAUGCCCACAAAGGACUUGCUCCAUCUAGACGUGGUGACCUCCAGAUUUUGGGUUUUUGUCUUCUUCAUUGGUUAUGUGGGUCUCUGCCUUGGGACAAUGUUCUCAAGAACCCAACUCAGGUCCAGGAGGCCAAGGCCAGACUGAUGGAUAAUCUGCCAGACUCAGUCCAGCAGCUGUCAGUGAGCGGAUCCAGCACAGAUGAGGUGGCCGCAUUCCUCCUUUAUGUGAAAACUCUGGACUACCAAAGUAAGCCAGACUACCACCUUCUUAAAGACCUGUUGGCCAGUGUUGCCACAGGAAGACUUGACUUCUCCAUGCCCCAUGGACCUGCAGAGGAGUCAUCCACCAAGGUACAAGAUCCCCCCACAAGGGAAAAGAAAGCAGGACGAGCCCGAGGGUCCUCCAAACCCAAGGCUGUGCCUACAGAGGCAGAUGAUGAACAAGAGGAGAUGAACACUAAACCAGCGCCAGCUCGCUACAUAAGAGGACCACCCCUCACUAAACCUCAGUCACAACUGAAGAAAGAUGGAGUUUUGCCUGAUGUCAGCAGAUCACUGAGGUCAAGGCCUAAACCUGUGGUGACUUAUGAAGAAGAUGACAGUGAAGAUGAGGAUGAGGAGGCCAGACCCAGACCCAUUCCUGCAUGCUAUCUGAGAGGCCCUCCAAUAGGCCCCAGUGCUCAGCCUAAACAGAAAGCUAAAUCCAAAUGGAGUGGCAAGAAAACAGACAACCUCACCGUGUCCUCAGGAAGACAGGAACGACGACUCCACCCGCAAAGUAGAAAACGCAUACUGACAAACUGUGAUGCCAAUGACCAAACACACAUGGACAACAGGGGAAGAUGGGAUGAAAGACUGCUCAACCACAGUGCAGGCUACAGCCAUCAACAGUGGUGGGACAGUGACCUCUGUUAUGACCACAGAGACAGUUUUGGUGAAUGGGAAGGGUCUGUUCUCAGAGGUUCAGAACAGGAAGCUGGUCCCACACAGAAGAAUGGACUGUUUUCCUGGUUUGUCUUUGUGGGUGUCUUCUUUUUCUUGGGUACUGUUCUUGUUUGCCAAAGUGCAUUUAAACCCUUUUGAACAAGAAAACCGACUUCUGAGCAGGUAAGGGAUAUAUUAGUUUUAGCACUGUCGAGAUGGAGCUGACAGGAACAAAAAGCCACUUCUCAGGACUUCUGGCCUGCCAUUUUCACAGUAACAGGCUGAAAUAGAAGGAGAAUCCUCAGUUUAUUCUGCUUAUUAAAUGUUCAUUAUAAUUAAAUGUGGUACAAAGAAUCACUUUGUGAAAAAAUGAAGUGGGCUCUCAUUUCUGAGUGGAUUGUAGAUGAAGGACUCCCAAAUACACUCAAAAUUAUAUGCACAAAUAAAAACUGUCUUUGACUUUGAA